AUGUUUUCUGCCAUGUCAGUCGACGCCUACCCUGAUGAGCAUCCCGAGCUCUGCGCCGCCUGCAGGGCCGACGGUCAUCUCAACGACCGGCGCAGGCAGACCCCAACGCGUCUUUCUGCGACUACUGUCCACUACCUGCACUCUGUUGAUAACUACGCACUCAACAUCCUGUCCGAAGCUGACCCUCAACGGAGCAGAGGACUCUUUGCCUCAGACUGCGCCAACAUCGGGCUGACCAUCGAUACGGACAAAACUGUGAUCAUGCAUCAAUUGUCAACCAGUGCCGUAUACAGUGCUCCUCGCAUUUACAUAAAGAACACCCAAAUGGAGAUCGUAGACAACUUCGCCUACUUAAGCAGCAACUUUUGCGUUGCCUCAAAAUCGACGAUGAAGUACUUAACCACGUCCCCAAACCUAGCCGAGCCUUCGGCCGGCUGUAAAACUCCUUAUGGAAUCGUUAUGAUCUCCACCUGA